AUGCUGCCCUUUCUUGAGAUCAUCACAUUCCCAAACGUCCUCGAAUCCCUGGUAUUGGAGCAGGCAGUUGGGAAAAUCUACAAUGUCCUUUUUGGCAACACUGAAAGGCGAGGCAUUGCCCUUCUUGGCUUUCUCAUCAAUGUGUUUUCGAAUAGAGAACAGCCGACGACCGAAACCCUUAAUCACUUCGAGUUGUCACUCGUCGUUUACUGGCAGAUUAUCAAACUUAAUUCCCUUGCCUUUACCCAUGAGCCUUUCGAACCCGUGGCAAUGAGAUUUGCGGAAAUAUUUAAAGAUUUCAUUCGGAAGACACUGUGGACCUUCUCCAAAUCGCCAGGACCUACCUGGAACGUAUAUUUCACCAUCUUGACAUUGACAGCACAACCGCCAGGUGGACGCCAUGACAAUGAUUCUACGGACAUAUGCGACGUGCAAAUCAUGCCUACAUUUGAGGAGAUCCUAUCACCGCAAAGUGAGUAUCUGCCGGCAAAGGAUCCCCGUCAGUGGCACAUUGGGGGUGCCACUGGGGUUCUCAACAGAAACUUCCGACUCCUCAGGGAAAAUACAGUUGGUCAAUUGAGGGACUCCAUAUACGGUAAAAAGGGGGAGUGGGUCCAUCCACGGAAAUUUGGUGCCAUAAGCGAGAGCUGA